AUGCGCCGUAUGUGGGGCCCACAGUUGCCAAUCGAAAGUAGUUUUUUCCGCAUCCCUCGCUUUGCGGCCCACAUUGCCGGUUGCUGGCCACAAUCGCCCACUCAGCCGCGCACUUGGCUAACGGUGUUGCGUUUCUGCGUGAAUGCAUUUGCGGUCGCCUUAGGUGCUUUCAGUGAGAAUUUUUACGGCAUUGUUCAUCUGGACGAUCUCUUUAGCGCGCUUGAGGCAUUCACUCCAGGCAUUGUCAAGGUCAUGUCACUAGUGAAAAUGAUGACGUUGUUUGUGCGGCACAAGCGUUGGCAUCGUACAAUUUGUAGAAUGCGCAUGCUGUUGUUGCAGGAUAUCAGCCUUGAAAGGCGUCCCAUCAUGGAACCACUGGCCUCGUACGGAUCGUUGCUGUCUCUUGUGUUGCUCGCAUUUGGUACUUUAACGAAUUUGUUUUUCAAUAUUUUGCCACUGGUGAAAAUGGCCUACUACAAGUGGCAGUCACUGGAAUUGAAAUUGUUGCUGCCCUUCAAAGUUACUUUGCCGGAAAUGCUUGUCAAUUUUCCCUAUUACCCUGCCACAUACCUCAUGCUGACGCUCUCUGGCGCAAUGACAGUGCUUUCCUUUAGUGCUGCGGAUGGAUUUUUCAUUUGCGCUUGUAUGUAUACGUGUGCGCUAUUCCGCAUGUUGCAACAUGAUAUACGCGAUGCAUUCGCUGAAUUGCGAGAACUGGAAUACUCAUCAAAAGUGCAGAAUGUACGGAUACGUCGGCGCUUGGAGGCGCUCGUUGAACGCCACAACGAAAUCGUCGAUAUGUGCAGCGAUUUUGCUUCGGAAUUUUCAGUCAUCAUCCUGUUAGAUUUCCUUGCAACAGCAGUGAUGUUGUGCUUUGGUAUUAUUGGUGCGACGAGCUCUGCUUCCAUUGGCAUAUUGACGUACAUUUUCUAUUGCAUUGCCGCAUUAAUACAGUUCGCUUUAUACUGCCUCGGCGGAACUUCUGUCAGCGAAAGUAGCCUGGAGAUUGCUGACGUUCUUUAUGAUAUCGAUUGGUAUAAGUGCGAUGUGCGCACGCGUCGCAUGAUCCUGAUAAUGUUAACUCGCGCACAAAAGGCUAAGACGAUUAAAGCGCCAUUCUUCAUACCAUCGCUGCCUGCUUUGCGAGCAACAAUAAGCACUGCUGGUUCGUACAUCGCAGUUAUGAAGAGAUUCAUAUAA